AUAUUGUUCAUAUAUUUCAACUCUUUUGCAGCACAAAACCGAAUUCUGCAAGCGUUGUACGAGAAUGACGAGCACUCCUGCAGUUCAACGCGUUUCAGAAUGCUUCAUCAAGCAGCAGCAUGAAUCAAACCAAAUCUGCUAUUUAACACCUUGGGAUAUUGCUAUGUUGUCUGCUCACUAUAUCCAAAAGGGUCUCCUCUUCAAGAAGCCCUCACCACUUGUUGAUCAACAAGGUUUCAUGGAGAACCUGUUGGAAAAACUCAAGCAUUCUCUUUCUCUCACCCUCUUCCAUUUCUGUCCAUUGUCUGGUCGCCUUGUCACCCACAAAACCCAACACCCUCCCUUUUAUGCUGUUUUUGUUGAUUGCACAAACAGUUCUGGAGCUAGAUUCAUCCAUGCAACGUUAGAUAUCACCAUAUCUGACAUCCUCUCUCCCGUUGAUGUCCCACCCAUUGUUCACUCAUUAUUCGAUCAUCACAAAGUAGUGAACCAUGAUGGUCACACCAUGCCGCUGUUGUCCAUCCAAGUCACUGAACUAGUCGAUGGUGUUUUCAUAGGUUGCUCCAUGAACCAUGUCAUUGGUGAUGGCACUUCUUAUUGGAACUUCUUCAACACAUGGUCUCACAUCUUUCAAGCUCAAGCUCAAGGCCAUGCACAUGAUCAUGUUCCCAUCAUUUCGCAUCCACCCAUUCACAAACGCUGGUUUCCAGAGGGUUGUGGUCCGUUAAUCAAUCUUCCCUUCAAACAUCACGAGGAGUUUAUUAGCAGAUUUGAAGCACCCUUGUUGAGAGAGAGAAUCUUCCACUUUUCAGCACACUCUAUAGCAAAACUGAAAGCAAAGGCGAACUUGGAGUCCAAUACAACCAAAAUCUCUUCAUUCCAAUCAUUAUCGGCACUUGUUUGGAGAUGCAUAACUCGCGCGAGGAGUUUACCAUAUAAUGAGAGAACAAGUUGCAAGUUUUCCACAAACAACAGAACAAGAAUGGAACCAGCGUUGGCUGAGGAGUACUUUGGAAACUCAAUUCAUACACUUAGUGCAGGAACGGCAACCGCAGGGGAAUUGCUUGAGAAUGAUCUAGGGUGGGCAGCAUGGAAGUUGCACGUGUCUGUUGCAAACCAUAACGACAAAGCAGUGAUGCAAUCGCUGAAAGAAUGGUUAGAGUGUCCGUUGAUAUAUCAAAUUGGUCGUUAUUUUGAUCCGUACUGUGUGAUGAUGGGUAGCUCGCCCAGGUUCAACAUGUAUGGGAAUGAAUUUGGAAUGGGAAAAGCGAUAGCUGUUAGAAGUGGCUAUGCCAACAAAUUUGAUGGAAAAGUAACAUCGUACCCAGGUCGUGAAGGAGAAGGGAGCAUUGAUUUGGAAGUGUGCCUUUUGCCACAUACAAUGAGCGUGCUGGAAUUGGAUGAGGAAUUCAUGAUUGCAGUUUCCGCUUCAGAUUCCAAUCCGCUGUAGCCACGUUAUUCGGUACUCCUACCUGGUCACUUUCAUGCAUUAAAUUAAAUAUUCUGUCCCAUGCAUGUUGUGUUUUGUUGUGUCCCUAAUAAAAAUUCGACACGUUCAUUAAAA